AUGGGAAGAGUUCCUUGUUGUGACAAGAAUGGUCUCAAGAAGGGUCCAUGGACCCCCGAGGAAGAUCUUAAACUUACCAACUACAUUCAGACUCAUGGCCCAGGAAAUUGGCGCACCCUUCCCAAGAAUGCUGGUCUUCAAAGAUGUGGCAAGAGUUGUCGCCUAAGAUGGACAAAUUACCUGAGACCCGAUAUCAAGAGGGGAAGAUUCUCUUUUGAAGAAGAGGAGGCUAUUAUUCAGUUGCAUAGUGUAUUGGGAAACAAAUGGUCGGCAAUAGCAGCAAGACUUCCAGGAAGAACUGACAACGAAAUCAAGAACUAUUGGAACACUCACAUUAGGAAGAGGCUACUUCGGAUGGGAAUUGACCCAAUUACCCAUGCCCCACGCCUUGAUCACCUUCUUGAUGUGUCCUCCAUUCUAAGGACACUCGUUGCAAACCCUUCUUCUCUUUUGAGUCUCCAAGCCCUAUUAACUCACCCUCAACCCUUUUUAUUCAACCCUGAAUUGCUUAAGCUAUUAGCAGCUGCUACAACUCCUUCAACUCUUACGUCCACAAAAAAUGACCAAAAUAACCCUGAUUUUGCAUCGUCAUCCUCAUCUUCGUCGCAGAAUAUUAAUAACAAUAAUAAUGAUAUUCUACAACAAAUCCUUAGUGGAAAGCUCAAUCAGUUAGUUGCACCAAAAGAAGAGUUUGUUACUCAUGGUCAUUUUGAGAGACCAAUGUCAACAAUUCAAGGUAAUGUGGAGGGCUUAAUGGAAAAUAAUAAUAAUAAUUUUAAUGUUUUGCAACAAGAUCAAAUUGGUUUCAUAGGGAACCAGGAUUUGGACAAUAAUAAUAUUGCAAACCAAAAUAGUUUUGGGUAUGAUUCGGUGCUGUCAAGUCCAAAUCAGAUGAAUUCAUCAUCCACCUAUGUGAAUAGCAGUGCAGAGGAAGAAAGCUAUUGCAGUGAAUUAUUCAAGUUUCAGAUUCCAGACACUCUGGAUAUUAGUGAUUUUAUGUAA